UUCCCAAUUCCUCCCUUGAAAUCUGAACCCCAAAAACCAAUAAUUCUCUCUCUUCUUCUUCUUUUUUUUUUUUUUGCUUUUCUUUUCUUUUCCUCUCUGUUCUGAUCUCUCUAUUUAUCUUUCCCUAUAAUGAUGGGAGAGAGAAAACAUGAUAAGAAUAAUGAAGAUCAACAUGGAGGUGGAAUUAAGCUCUUUGGGGCAACAAUUAUGCUACAAAAUAAAAGGCAAAUCAUCAAAGAAGAAGAAGAAGAAGAAGAAGAAGAAGCCAAUAAAUCAGAUCAACAAACACUAGAAAAAAGGCCUGAGAAGAUCAUCCCUUGCCCAAGAUGCAAAAGUAUGGAUACCAAAUUUUGUUACUUCAAUAAUUACAAUGUUAAUCAACCUAGGCAUUUCUGUAAGGGCUGCCAGAGGUAUUGGACUGCCGGCGGGGCCCUUCGCAACGUUCCCAUCGGAGCCGGCCGUCGCAAAACCAAGCCUCCUUGUCGAACCUUUGGUGGGUUGCCGGAGAAUUGUGUCUUUGAUUCUUCAGGGAUUGUCACGGUUCAACCGUUUGAGUUGGAAGGGAUGGUCGAGAAGUGGCAUGCCGUCGCUGCCGCCGCCACACAAGGUGGUUUUCGGCAAAUUUUACCGGUAAAGAGGCGGAGGGAUUGUCAAGAUGGUCAAACUUGUUGAUUAUUCUUCUUCUCUUCUUUUCCUUUUUUCUUCCCCUUCUUCUUUUGUGUUGAGAAUUUCGUUAAAAAAUGAAAAAGAAAAGUGUUUUGAUGGCGCGUUAGUUUAAUUUGUACAAAUAAUAGACUUUUGUUUAUAGAAUUUUGGGUAAAAGACUAAUCACUCUCUAAGAAUCCAAUACAA